ACAAGGCGCACAUUUGAGGGGCUGCCGCUGGACUACUACCCCCGUCGCCGCCAUGAUCCCCCCUGCGGACUCUCUGCUCAAGUAUGACACCCCGGUGUUGGUGAGCCGAAACACGGAGAAGCGGAGCCCCAAAGCACGGCCGCUGAAAGUCAGCCCCCAGCAGCCUGGACCCUCAGGUCUGGUCCCACAGCCACCAAAGACCAAGCUUCCCUCAACAUCCUGUGUCCCAGAUCCUACAAAGCAGGCAGAAGAAAUCUUGAAUGCCAUUCUGCCCCCAAGGGAGUGGGUGGAAGACACGCAGCUAUGGAUCCAGCAGGUGUCCAGCGCUCCCAGCACCAGGAUGGAUGUAGUGCACCUGCAGGAGCAGCUGGACCGGAAGCUGCAGCAGCGACAGGCCAGGGAGACGGGCAUCUGCCCCGUGCGCAGGGAGCUGUACUCGCAGUGCUUCGAUGAGCUGAUCCGGGAGGUGACCAUCAACUGUGCGGAGAGGGGACUGCUGUUGCUACGAGUCCGGGACGAGAUCCGCAUGACCAUCGCCGCCUACCAGACCUUGUACGAGAGCAGCGUGGCCUUUGGCAUGAGGAAGGCGCUACAGGCCGAACAGGGGAAGUCAGACAUGGAGAGGAAAAUUGCAGAAUUGGAAACGGAAAAGAAAGAUCUGGAGAGGCAAGUGAACGAGCAGAAGGCCAAAUGCGAGGCCACCGAGAAGCGGGAGAGCGAGAGGAGACAAGUGGAGGAGAAGAAGCACAAUGAGGAGAUUCAGUUCCUCAAGCGGACGAAUCAGCAGCUGAAGGCCCAACUGGAAGGCAUUAUUGCACCAAAGAAGUGAUAAUUUCCAUAUGGGUCUCAGCAAGCA